AGUUGGAAAGUAGUCUCUGCGACCUAAUAACUGACCAAAUAUGCAACAAGGGGUGACGAGUAUCUUGAAAUUGCUGUAGAAAAGGUAAUUUGGUUAGAAUUGCUACAUCUACGUUGCAGUUGUUACAUUUUGCUUCAGGAAGGACCGUGAUUGCAAAUAAAUGAUACAUUAUUACCAUAAUGUAUAUUCCAUUACUUCCGCCUUGGUCAGCGUGAUUGUAGACCACGUGACUAAACAAGGAUUAAACAUCGUUUCAACAAAGCAAAUCCAACAGCUUAUGAUGUCGGGGUGGCACCUGUCAUUGAAGCUGGUGGAUCAGCCCAAAUCCACCUUCCACUUCCCUGAGACGAUGCCUGGAGACGUGUCUCCCGGCGGGUACCGAGUCUCUACUCUGAAACAACUCGUUUCGGCACAGCUCCCGGAUUCCCUACCGGACCCCGAACUCAUAGAGCUGGUACACUGUGGUCGCAAGUUGAAGGAUGACCUGACUUUAAACUCCUGUGGGAUCCAGCCUGGAUCCACCCUGCACAUCCUCAAAAGGACCUGGCCUGAACCUGACAUCAAUCCAGAGCCAGUGAACAGGACGACUGCAGCCAGGGAGUUCCGUGUGCUGCAGGCAGCCCUCCACUCCAACUCCACCUACAGAGACUCGGUGUUUAAGAUGCUGACUAAUAAGGAGUCUCUAGAUCAGAUCAUUGUGGCCACGCCAGGGCUGAGAUCUGACCCGGUAGCGCUAGGAGUGCUCCAAGACAAAGAUCUAUUUGUGCAAUUCACAGACCCGAACAUGCUGGAUGUGUUGAUCAGUUCUCACCCAGCCUUGGUCAAUGCCAUCAUCCUGGUCCUCCACUCAGUGGCUGGCAGCAUGCCUGCUCAGUCCAGCGCCGGCUCCUCCCGCAACGUCUCCUCCAGCUCCUACAGUGACAUGCCAGGAGGGUUUAUGUUUGAGGGCAUGUCUGAUGACGAUGAAGAUUUCCAAUCGGGCAAUCAGGCAGGACCAUCCAACCGAACCGGGGGCCCAGCAGGAAUGCGGCCAGUGUCCCUUGGCCAUAGUGGAGCUACAGGCCCUCGACCCAUAACACAGAGUGAGCUGGCCACUGCCCUGGCCCUGGCCAGUACUCCUGAGAGCAGUGCUGUUACUCCCACUGCAGGGGCUCAGGACACCUCAUCUGGAGUGCCUCCCACGCCAGCAGGGACUCCUGUCAGCAAUGACCUUUUCAGCCAGGCACUGCAGCAGGCUCUGCAGGCCUCCAGCAUGUCCUCUCUGCAGGGGCGUUGGCAGUCCCAGCUGCAGCAGCUGAGAGACAUGGGGAUCCAGGAUGAGGAGCUGAUGUUACGGGCGCUCCAGGCUACAGAGGGGGACAUCCAGUCAGCUCUGGAGCUCAUCUUCGCUGGAGGGCCAGGACUCUGAGCCAAGCCAGGGCCCUGAGAGAGGAGAGUGCACAGACCCAAGCUGAUGGCUCUGGUCAUUCUGCCAUUGGGCUGUGAUAUGGACACAAUGUUUCAGACAUGAAGACCUCAUUACUACUCCUCUACCCUUUCAUACACAGCCUAAAUGGAACAACUUUUAAAUGAGUCGGUCAGAUUAAGGGGUAGAUAAGGUACAUGUUUAUCUUUAUUACAAGUCAAAAACAAAAAUAAUAAAUGUUUUGCCAGCCAUUUAAAGGAGGUUUGUUGCUAGCCCCUGAAGGCUUUAAACUCAUCACUGUAUGAAUAUAUACAUAAUGAAAGAGGGCUGUGUUCUACCAGAAAUCUUCAUUUUGUUUCAGACACUAGCAUUGACUCAGAUCUGCUAUAAAAUAUGCCUCGGAAGAAAGCAGUGUUGAGAUUACCCCUCGAGUCUAAUUGUGAUUCAUACAGUUGUACACUAGGUGGCAAUGUCUAACCUCUUACCAUAGUUCCUUUGCGAUUCCAUUCAAUAGAGAAAUCAGGAGUAGAAAUUUGACAAAUAUGGCUAGCUGAUGUUUGAACUGAUUCUGAAACUGGUUCAGUUGGGCUGCCAGAUCAAUAAACACAUACAUAAUGUAAUAGUUGUUUGAGAGUAAAUGUAAAUACCAGUAUUAGACUAUUUUUGUGGUUUGAUAAAAAUAUAGGCUCAUCCAACAUGUAUGAGAUUUAUUACAUUUUUACUCUUUUAACAGCUGACAUUAUGCAAACAUUGUACUGCAGAAGGAUAACCUUGUAUCCAUUCUAAGUACCAUCCAUUCAGAUAUUAUUGUGUCUGAGCUGAACACGGUCGCUACGAGCAAAUGGCUUUUCUCAAUAUUCAAAUGGGCUUGCUCUUUAAACAACCAGACCCAUUUUGUGUGCUGCUUUGUCUCAUUGUCUCCCAUUGGGGUGCUGUGGAAGAAGAGGACAAAUUGUGUUCCCCCCUCACCCUACCAUUCUCAAUCUUCAGUAAUUGCCCUGCUUAGUUUUAUAAGUGCGUCUUGUUGAAUGGGGCUUUUCAUGAGCACAGCACCCAAACAGUGCUUUGUGUCUUUCUGUCCCCAUUACCAUUUUAUAUGCAGGCCGUGCACACCUGCAGGCAAUUUCCCUGUGAAUAUCUCUUACAGAGUUUCAACAUGACGUCUCGCUGGACUCUUCAGAACUUAUUCAAAUGAUGGCGAGUCUUCAAUUGGUUAAUACAACGUUUGAUUGCCUUUCAAGCUAAUUUAAAUAAAUAAUGAUCCUCCAUAGCAAUUGACUUACUGUAGGCUUAUUAGACAAUAUAUUGGUCUUCUUUGUUUGAUAGAUCACGUUAAAAGCAUUGCAGCAAUGGUAGAGGUAUUGUGAUUAUUGAAUAGGAACGGUUUAUUCUGCUGGUCGUUGCCUUGUCAGACCUAUCCUCUUAACUGCAGCAUCACAUCCUCAAACCUCCAACAAUGUACUGUCACAACAUCCAGGGAAGUUGCCAUGGAGACUCAUUUAUCUGAUUCAGAUGGGGAUAUGUAAUCACAUUGCACAUCUUCACAUAUUGCUGUCAUUGCACUACUUUUAGGUUACACACAUUCUUUCUCUUUAUUUUCUCCACCCGUAGGACAACGCAAAGCCGAUGAAACGCUUUCCUCGUCUGCCCCCUGACAUCAAAAUGGAGGUGAAAGAAGGUGCUGUCCAGACAGAUUUGUUCAGUCACACUAUACACCUGUGGCUGUAUAGUGACCUCUCUCUCCCUUCUGUCCAUGCAGACAGGCUUGUGUGGGACCUAGGGGGGGGGGGUGAAAAUAGGGUGUUAUUUGUGGAUGAAGGCAUUGUCUUGGCUGGGUAGGAAACGGCACUUAAUCGGGUGAGUCACUAAUGUUUGACAAACUGUAGAGGGACAGAAUAAAUGCAGGGAAAUAGGGGAGGACAGUCAUUCCUCCCAUCCUUUCUCUCCCCAUUCCCCCUGUCCCCCAGAGUCUUAGGUCAUUAUAGCUCCUCUUCUCUCAUGUAUUCUGCUGCUCUGAAUGCCCGACUGACUAUAUGCAGACUGCAGACACAGCGACUCAACCCAGGUUCAUAGCUGGUUCACAUGGCCCUGAAGAAAAUUACCUUUCAUGAGUACAGCAGCUCCAAGCUCUGCACCACUCUGCUCCAGCUCUCUUUCAUCUAAACCACUGUUACGACAACAUAGUUGGUUGGAAGAAGCUGUAAUUCAAAAAGAAGGACAAUAAAUUACAUAGAGACUGUUGGCUGGGUGUUUCUGAGUAUAGUGGCUUUGCUCUGCAGCAGACAGAACUAUCCACAUUGUCCAACACAACAUUGACCUGUAGAUUCAGGGGAUGGAUUAGGACAGUCCUACUUAAUUAUACUGUAUGUCCACACAGUGCAAAACUCUUUGCAUCCAUAAUAGACCAUUUAAAGCAGAGUAAAAGCUAAGUUAAUCUAACUGCCAGAGACUGCAGAAUAAUAAUAACAGGUUUCACUUUGGGUCACCUCCUCACACGUGUCAGAAGGGAACUGGAGGAUAGUUUAUUGUCUCCCCAUUUUGUUUUUGUCUUUUUAAACGAUGCAGUUCAUGUGUUAUUAGCAUCAAGUCUGUUUACCUGAGAUUGCUUUCUGCCAGGCAUGACUGGGCUGAAUAUGAAAUGAGUUGGUGAUGGACAAGGGCCAUUUUUUCUAUCCGUCUGUGGAAUGGAUGCAUUCAUUGCUGCUUUCAAGCCAUGUCUUUCAGGCCUGUGGGUGCUCUUUUGUCCAGCAAAUGACACUUUGAUGCAUUUCCUCUCAGAUGUUUUAACCCUUGGUGGGCGUUUUAACCCUGGGAGAGGGUGAUGUCGCAGCAGUGGGAGAAAGGUUAGAAAUGAUACAUCUCUCCAGAGCAGUAGAAAGGGCCGCCAUGGAGAUGCUGUGUGGUAGAGAACGAUAAGAGUGUCUGAAUAAGAUUUAUACAUUAAUCUAAACAAAACAGCAAUACCCUGCAUCACCUUGGGUGGAUUCUCAGGAGAGUAUAUUAACACACUCCUGUUCAGGUAUCAACUAAUUAGUUCAUUGCAGAUUUAUGUCGACCUUGUGUGGGGAAAAUAUUUCUCCACAUUUUCACAAAAGAGGUGGAAGUGGAUCACACAUUCCCUGCCUUCUCCUUAAUGCUUUUGGUUGUCGGUGGUAACAUCCAUCUGUCUGCCCUCUGUCUCUUCAUACAAGCUGUAUGUAAUAGAAAACACUGUAGACUUUAUAGGCCAGCUUGGCUCCAUUGUGAGACUCUGAAAGGAUGUUUACACAUUGAUCUAGCCCCACCUAACAACAGGAGGCAACAGGAGAAGAGCUGGGGAGAGGAGCACGCUAACGAACACGGAUUCCUUUUCAGGAGCAGAAAGAGCAUUAAAGCCAUGUGGCCUGAAUCCCAAGGCUGUCCGGUCUGCUUGUUAAAGCCACGCCCGUGCGCGCGUGUGUUUAAAUGAAGGAUUCUCUAGCACCAUCACCAUCAAAGCCCAGGGUGUGUUCUCUGUAAUCUCAACCGCUGGUCUCUGUCUCUCAGAGCUCUCUUGUUGUCGUUUAUUAAUUCAUGCAUUAAGUAUACUCUCGGAGAAAGACGCUAGAGACCGACUCAGACCGUGUUUGGCUUAUACAGCAAUUAAUACAUUUCCUCUGUACAGAUCUUGGGUUAGUUAAUUAAAUCACUAUAAUAUCACGGCCGGACGGUGUGCAGUGAGAACAGGGUUGGGAUUGUGUGGUGGAGCAGAUGACCAUUCACUACUAGGUUGACGUCAGUGCCUUUAUCCUCUCUUACUAUUCUUUCAAUACCCCGUCUUUGAAUCAACCAACAGAGAGUAGCGCUAUGGCACUUACCAUUGAAUAGACCCGUACCAUGGUAACUGGUAACCACAACGGUAUGGAGUUAAAAACAUCUUUUGGAUUAUCAUUUUUUUUUUGUAACAUGUUUGUUGCAGCAUCAAGAAAGAGCCAACAGACAAGAGGGUUUUGGACUCAUAAACUCUACUUUAUUUAGGUUGAAACUUGAUGCCUCUAUGUCCCCAUACAAUACAUUCAGUAUAUACAUUUGGCGAUGAGGGACUGUACAGAUAUGUUAAAGUAGUGCAUACAUACAUGGGAAGAAAA